AUGGCCACACACUCGAAACGAUCAUCAACGAAACAAAUUCAAGAGGGAGAAAACCAGUUCAAGCGACCGCGCGUGGCGUCUAUGGGGAAGACAAUGCCGCUCGACAUUGGGCUGCGCGUCGACGUGCUGGACGACGAAGGAAUUUGGAACACGGGCGUAAUCGUUGACGUGGGCAAAGAGAAGACUCAGGACACAGUAGAGAUCAAGUACGACGGCUGGGACGAGGACUACAAUCAGUGGUUCGGCGUGAACAAACAUCGCCUGGCGCCGCUGCACACGUACACGAUCGUCAAGAAGUGCUGGGCCAAACUUGCCAAGUGGCCGUGGUGGCCCGCUUUUGUGAUUUUACGGGCCCCUGCAACAGCCAGUGCAGCGCGCGGGCUCGAGGAAGAAACGAAACUUUUUGUCGAGUUUUACGACUCGUUCGAUGCACAAAAGCGCUCGCGUUGCUGGAUGAAAAAGAAGGAUGUGACGUCGUUCCGAGACGCGUUUGAGGAGCGCGCAUCGAAGAACGUCAGCAAGAAUUUUCUCAAGUUCGUGGAAGGCACGCAACGCGCCAAGGCAGGCACGUCACCGCUGUUGUUCUCGGGAACCGGCACACUUCCGAUUGAGUACUCAAGCAAGGUUUCGGAGCCGUUGGAGGAAAAGAAAAAGGAGUGUUCUCCGGAGCAGUGGUUCCAUCUCUACAGGGACUUCAGCAACCGCUACAAGGAAUUGUACGGCCACUCGGCUGUGGUGGCUCCAGAGAAGACACCUGUUACCCACUCAAAGCUGAAUACUAGCAAGCGCGGCUCUGGUGGAUGUCCGACGAAAGCGCCGGAGCAAGAGCCGUCACAAGGUGAGGACGAAAAUGAAGAAAAGGAAGAGAAGAAGUCAGACGCCGGUAAGCUUGAGAAAAGAUGCGAUGACGACGACAUGGUGGUACCUGGACUACAAGUUACUCUCCGAAACAAGCGAGCCGCAGCUGAAGUUACCUCCACACAGCGUAAUGCCAGACCCCGACGCGCUAAAGGAUAA